UUCAGAUAUAUUUUGUAAAAGAGAAAAAAGAAAAAUCAACAAUGGAUUUAAAAGUGAUAUACGUUUUAAGUUUGCUAUAUGCUUUUGCCCAGACCAAAAACACCGAAAGAAGGGCAGUGAAUGUUUUAGCGUUUGUGUCAACAUCUGUUGAAAUUGCCAAUUUCGUGUAUGAAAUUGUUAACGGGAACAAUGACCAAGACACGGCCUCUCCUGCAGAUUUGGAAAAAGCAAAAAAUGAAAUAAUCACGGUCUUCUCUGAAAAGCUAGCUGUCGUCCAAGCACAAUUAUACGGAAGCAUAAAGGAAACGAUGUCCUUGUCAAAGAUUGAUGAAGUUAACUACAAAAUUCAGAGUGCUCUUCUCGAUUUGAAAUCAUAUUUAUUAGCGAGUGGAAAUGCACAUAUCGUAAAGAAAGAAGAAUUUGAAACGCAAGCUGCAUUGAUUAUCGCAGAUAUUCGAAGUCUCCCUUCUCGUUUAGAAAAGUCCCUUGCGAAUGCAGAUCAAUCGCUUUUAGAAUUAAUGGCUACUAAUUCUAAAUGCAAUAUGUCUGGAAUGAACGAAUUCAAGGACUUUUUCUUCAAUCUAACUCAAACUGGGAUAAUUAUCGAGUUUUCUUACAAGACAAUAAAGCAAAACAGCUCUCUUCAAACAGAGUCGGAAUGGUGGGACAGCCAGGUUCGACAAAUGAUCGAUUCUUUUGAAAGAGAAGAUUCAACGUGUAAAAGCAGAUUUCAUACAUUACUUAGAAGCGACAUGGAGAAACACGAUAAUCUCAAAGAGUUAUCAAAUAUAGUGCACCAGAAGUAUGUUUGGUAUAUUAUUGAUGUAUUUAUCUUGAAACAAAAUGAUGAUGGAGAAGACAUCAACAUUGAGGGCAAGGAGACGAACAUGAUGACUGUGAGUGUAAACGGUCUUCGGAAAUACUUAAUCUAUAUAGACAAACAAACCAGACUUAACGCCAUAAAGUGUCUUUUAUUAAAGUCAAACAUCCAGGCGCCUCUUGACGAAGUCUUUAUUCUCGACAAAGGAACCCCUGCACAUGGGUAUGUUUCCACAACUGAAGGGAGCUUAAAAAAGACGACGUUCUUGUACGAUGAAACAGACGAAACAAGGUCCUGUCAUACGGAAACUGUCCCGGUAGAUGCAGUAAAGGAUGGCACAAAUGAAGACGAUGGACCAAAGGAAGGAUUAAACAUCUUUUUAAUAGGCGGUAUUGGUCUUGGUUCACUGGGAUUUCUCGCAACCUUCAUUUCUGUUUGCUGCUAUUGUUACAGAAAGCGUCGUAAUCGCUAUCGGUCGGAUAGAUCGGCCGCUUACUUGGAUACGAUGGCAAUGAGGUACCCGCCCUUUAGGUCCAAAAAGAGGGAAACAGCAUUCGCAAUAACUCGGCCGUCUCAGGUACAAUUCCAUACUGGCCGAGCUGUUCCGAAUAGGGAAAUCGAUGCUUAUGAUGUAACGAGUACCGGGUACAAUUAUGAAUAUGAAUAAAUCGUCACUGACAAAGUCAUGUCGGGAACAAUCGAUUGUGAUUGUCCAAAAUCGAUGUCGUUAAUGUUACUUCCGGGAAUAACGUAUUUUGUGUGUUCAGAAAAUUAUGAUUUUCUUACCCGUCAUUCGUCGUUGAGUUCAUUUUAACGGUAGCGAGAUAAAUCGGCCACUUAACAAAUUGGCCUACAGCCAUAUCGCCCCCGGAACCUUUCGCCCCUGCCGUCUCCGUCCCUUCUAAAUAUUUACUAAAACUUAUAACUUUCGGACCCUUACUGAUGUUCAACUCAGUCAUGGCGGACCCAUAUUGUUUUUUAGUUUUUAUUUCUCACUACACGCUAUACAUGAAUCUGAAUCAGACAUAAGAAACAUUAACAAUAGUCCAAAACACAUAAUUAAUAAAACUGUUAAACUGUAAAACAAGUUAUUUACAUAAAAUAGUAAAACAUAUUGUUGUAAUCGAAUUUUAACAACUUCUAAAUAUGCGGCUAUUUGGCUAAAAUUAGGGCUUCUGUUAAAGGAAGUUUGUAAGUAUAUUACUUUGUUAUAUAGUAUCAUAGUUAUUGUACUCUCUUUAAGCUGGCUAAAUCUUCCAAAACGGAGUUCUUGAAAGUACAGGAACUUCAAACACUUUGGAUAAAACUUUUAAAGGUUAAUGAUUGAAAGUUUAAGAUAUCAAAAAAAUGUUUACAAUAUUACAUUUAAAGUAUCAUUUCCGGUAAGUUUUGAAUAAAAUUACUUUUUUGAAUACACUUUUUUGAGUUGGCAUUUUUAACUGAGAAUUAUUUCAUAUUUUGUCAGAAGUUUUGUAUAAUCUUAGUGUUUGAGAGACUUGAUAAUUCCAUGUUAGGGAGAAAAACUUCCUACAGUGACGGCUAGGAAGUUCAAACUUCCCCUGUCAAAUUUCAAUUGAAGCCCUGAUAAAAUAGUAAGUAAGAUAUCUUACUUGAUGCGGUGUGUAUCAUUUUGCAUAUGACGUGAAAUUAUUAAGUAUGUGUGUAUUGUUAAAAAAAUUUUGUUAAGUUAUUCAAGACAGUAAAAGUUUAUAAAAAAUAUUUAUUUUCUAAAAAACAUUAUAGUAUCAACCUUGCUUAUUCAUGGUUAAAGCAUUUAAAUGAUCAUGAUGAUACUAUGUAUAAAUAAUGUAUUUCAAAUGAUAUUAUGAACUUUCGAUUAUUGUCCGAUAGUAAAUCGAUGUGCUUGGUCCGAUUCGAUUGAUUAUCGAUAGCAAAUGAAGUCCGUUUUUUGUACACUAGGAAUCACAUCGCUAAGAACGGUAUAACACCGUCAGAACAUCGGCAAAAAAUAGCCCGGGGGUGGGGGGAAGGGGCGACGGUAUGAAUAUUUGAACAUACUUAAAAAGAGCUGCCAUUGCGCUUCCCGUGUGAGCAACGGGACUACAGUGGAAGUAUAACGGCAGAACUCCGGUACGGCUUCAUUUAUGUCGAUAGAGCCCCGUCAUGGAUAUGCGGCUCUCGGGUGGCCUCAAUGUGUACCGUAAUGGAUACGCGGCUCUCGGGUGGCCUCAAUGUGUACCGUAAUGGAUACGCGGCUCUCGGGUGGCCUCAAUGUGUACCGUAAUGGAUACGCGGCUCUCGGGUGGCCUCAAUGUGUACCGUAAUGGAUACGCGGCUCUCGGGUGGCCUCAAUGUGUACCGUAAUGGAUACGCGGCUCUCGGGUGGCCUCAAUGUGUACCGUAAUGGAUACGCGGCUCUCGGGUGGCCUCAAUUUGUAUCGUAAUGGUAAUGUGAUACCGUAGUGCUGCCGAUGUACAAACGCUGUUCUACCAUUCUUAGCGAUGUGAUACCGUUCUACUUUCGUAUACCGGUAAUACAACGGCAGAACAACGGUACCACUCCGCAAAAGCUUCAGUCAGCAUAUCGGUAGUGCAACGGCGUCUCCUCGGUAUAACAGCGUUGACCGAAAAAUGGUAUUUGAUUGCACAUCAGCUUUUAAGCCGGUACCACUUCGGUAUUACUACGUCCAAUUGUUGUUUUUUUCAAGUGCUUUCGCGUCGGAGCUAGGCCGAUUGUUUCGCCGUUGUUAAUUGUGUGCUCCGGUGAAGUCCCGGCGAAAUGCAUCGGUAGUGUGUAACAGACACUUUAAUUUCUACGUAGAAGCCGUACAUGGUAUCUAAAAGUAAGCAUUCACAUGAACACGGACCCAAGUAGUUAUUCCGGAAUCAUUUAAUAUAUGGCUUAGUGAUUUGUGAAAUAAGAAUACCAUUUAAUCCGAUAAAGGGGUGAGUUGACUAUGAAGCAUAUAUAGUAACUGUAAAUUAGCAGUCUCAUUCGAACUGAGACUGCUGUUAAUUUGUAUGUAACUUUGAUAACAUCGGUGGUAACGUCAUCGUUGUCAGAUUUCAAAUCAUUACUGCUCUGGAAGUUUAAUGGAUACACUUGCAAUCUGGCUGAAUUUUUCACUAUAUUUAAGAAAAUCGUUUACUGAACUUGUUUUUAUUUAAACAUGUGAGCACAUAUUAAAACAUUUUACGUUUAGAGGUGAAACCGUUAAUCACAUUCUAGGCUAUUGGCCCAUUUUUAUAUUGUGUGUUAUUUUCCAAACUAUUUACUUUUAAGUUGCAUUGUAUAAUAUUAAUUUCUUUUAAUUAAAUGUGUUUGUUUGUUUUAUUUUGUUCAAUUACUUACGACGAGUUCAAUUUAAUUCCUCAACUAACAUGUACAAUUUCACAACAUUUAAUUGCAAAUUGCUUUUUCCACUACAUAUACAAAUCAAAUUCUGUUAUGGUUCUUUACAACGUGAUGCGAAUAUUUCGUUUGGCAUCUGUAUUCCCUUAAGCUGUAUAGUUACAUUUGAUACGUACCCUUUAUUAAUCAUAUCACAUAAAUUGAACUGUAGUUUACUAUAUGUAUUUAUACCGUUUUGUGUAGACACUGCUCAUGUUGCCACAUAAAGCGGGCUGAUAUAUUCAAUAAAGUGUACUUGUCUUAGCCCUCUUGUACAUACACGU